UUGCGCACUUUUAUCGAUUUUCUUUCUCAUCAUCACAUUUUUCUCACUUCAACGUUGACUUUGCAAUAAGACUGUGAGACUGACGAGGCAGAAAUAUUAGUUGUUCGCUGAAAAUUGUCAAAAGCAGUUCGGGAAGAAAAAAAAAGACGUUAAGUAGGGGCGUGAUGUCAGGUGCAGGAGACUUCAGUGAGGACAGUGUCCUCAAGGAGUGUCAGGACUUUAUGUGUGAGGUGAUUGAGAAAGCCGGUGACAUUGUAAGACGUGGUAUUGAUGCCGUGAAGAAGGUGGAGACGAAAACGAGUGUCUUUGACCUGGUCACGGAGUACGAUGGGGAAGUUGAGGAUUUUCUCGUUGCGGAAAUUCACCGAAAGUAUCCAGAUCACAAAAUAAUUGCUGAGGAGAAGCAUGCAAAGGAAGCUCUUACGGAUGAUCCAACGUGGAUUAUUGAUCCCAUUGAUGGGACAACAAGUUUUGUUCAUGGAUACCCUCUGGUUGCCAUCUCUGUGGCUCUGGCUUUUCAGAAGCGUCUAGUUCUGGGUGUUGUAUCUGCACCCAUUCAGCGGGAACUCUAUUGCGCCCGUCGAGGGCAUGGAGCAACCAUGAAUGGUCAGAAGAUUCACACAACAUCCACAACGAGUCUCAUUGAUUCCCUCGUUGGGGAUGAACCAUCCCUCGCAUCGCGUGACAAGUACCGCAAUGAGAUCCUUGUUAGGACGUACGGACUCACGAGUCGUGUCUCCGGAAUUCGAGCUGUUGGAUCAGCCGUCCUAGGUCUCGUGUACGUUGCUCGGGGCAUUCUCGAUGUGUACCAAGUUGAGGGAAUCUAUCCGUGGGAUCUAGCAGCUGGGGCAAUCAUUGUCCAAGAAGCUGGUGGAGUCAUUUCGCAUCCCGAUGGCUCACCCUAUGACAUCAUGAAUGGAAGCAUUGUCGUAGCGGCCAAUGAGGAGCUUCACAAACAAAUCCUGGCCUUUAAUCAGGAAUUCAGUGGGAAAGUCCUAGAACUUCGGGACAAAUAAGGCUAAAUCCGUCAGAUGACAAAUUCUUCACAACAGGAGUCAUCCCAAAUGAGCUGAACAGUAUUUAACAUACAAUGUUAGUUAGCCCGGUAAAAGGAAUGAUGUAAAAACAGGCAAGAAGGUUAGGGCGUAGAGCAAUAAAUUGCCUGUCUCAGAAUUUUUUCAUUAAAGUUUUAUCUGUUGUAAAAAAAGAGUAAAUAAAAAUGACCCAGAUGUGGUUAAAGACUUCAAA